UUGCAGAGGCGCGGGCGCGGGCGCUGCGCUCCGCCAAGGGUCGCUCUCCCGGGUGACCGGCGGCGGCCUGGGGGAGCAUGGCGCUGAAGGACACGGGCAGCGGGGGCGGCACCAUCCUGCCUAUUAGCGAGAUGGUCUCCGCGUGCAGCUCGCCCGGCGCUCCGGCGGCCGCCGCCCCGGGGCCCUGCGCGCCCUCGCCCUUCCCCGAGGUGGUGGAGCUGAACGUGGGCGGCCAGGUCUAUGUGACCAAGCACUCGACGCUGCUCAGCGUCCCGGACAGCACUCUGGCCAUUAUGUUUGCGCCCUCUAGUCCCCGGGGCGGCGCCCGGCGCCGGGGCGAGCUGCCCAGGGACAGCCGCGCGCGCUUCUUCAUCGACCGGGACGGCUUCCUCUUCAGGUACGUGCUGGAUUAUCUGCGGGACAAGCAGCUGGCGCUGCCCGAGCACUUCCCGGAGAAGGAGCGCCUGCUGCGCGAAGCCGAGUACUUCCAGCUCGCCGACCUCGUCAAGCUGCUGUCGCCCAAGGUCACCAAGCAGAACUCGCUCAACGACGAGGGCUGCCAGAGCGACCUGGAGGACAACGUUUCUCAGGGCAGCAGCGACGCGCUGCUGCUGCGCGGGGCGGCGGCCGCCGCGCCCUCGGGCCCCGGGGCGCAAGGUGGCGGCAGCGGCCCCGGCGCGUCGGACAAGCGCUCGGGCUUCCUCACCCUGGGCUACCGCGGCUCCUACACCACCGUGCGCGACAACCAGGCGGACGCCAAGUUCCGGCGCGUGGCGCGCAUCAUGGUGUGCGGGCGCAUCUCGCUGGCCAAGGAGGUGUUCGGGGACACGCUCAAUGAGAGUCGCGACCCCGACCGGCAGCCCGAGAAGUACACUUCCCGCUUCUACCUCAAGUUCACCUACUUGGAGCAGGCUUUCGAUCGCCUGUCGGAGGCCGGCUUCCACAUGGUGGCGUGUAACUCCUCCGGCACCGCCGCCUUCGUUAACCAGUACCGCGACGACAAGAUCUGGAGCAGCUACACGGAGUACAUCUUCUUCCGACCACCUCAGAAAGCAGCGUCACCUAAACAAGAACAUGAAGAUAGGAAACAGGACAAAGUCCCAGACAAAGGGAGUGAAAGUGGGACCUCCUGUAACGAGCUCUCCACCUCCAGCUGUGACAGCCACUCAGAAGCGAGCACGCCCCAGGACAACCCGUCCAGCGCCCAGCAGGCCAGUGCUCACCAACCGAACACCUUAACGUUGGAUCGCCCCUCCAAGAAAGCACCUGUGCAGUGGAUGCCGCCGCCAGACAAGCGCAGAAACAGUGAACUCUUUCAGACACUCAUCAGCAAGUCCCGGGAAACAAAUCUUUCCAAAAAGAAAGUCUGUGAGAAGCUAAGUGUGGAAGAAGAAAUGAAAAAGUGUAUUCAGGAUUUUAAAAAAAUCCACAUUCCAGAUUAUUUUCCAGAGCGCAAACGCCAGUGGCAAUCUGAACUGCUGCAGAAGUACGGGUUAUAGUAAUCAUCGCGUUAAUGUGUAUUUCAAAGACGUUCAAUGUUUACUACGGUGUUACCACCUGGCUGGCGGUCAGUGUGAUUUUUGCUGCUCUUCCUUCUCGUGAACUGUAGACGUGGGACAGUAUUUUAUCAUUAUCUUUCGUUGUUGUUCUUUCUUGAAACAUGAUUUAAAAAGUGGAGCCAAUAAAUGUGGAGUCAAAAUGGUGUACCUAUUUGAUUCAAACUGUUUUGCAAGAAUGAAAGUAAAAUGUGCAUGAUCAAGAAUCUUAGAAUCUUGAUUUUUGAACUGUGUUUAACUUGACAUGUUUGUCAUUUUGUAACUCACCAAAAUCAAGUCAUCGUAUCGCACCAACUAACAUGACAACAUGGAUGAAUCAACAUCAAGUAAAAUUGUAGACGAUGGUUUUAGGACACAAGUCUAAAACUGUUUAAAUGUUAAUGCAAUAAAACAAGUAUUAUUUUGCAUGAGCACAAUGUUACAAAUAAGUCACAAGAAAUAGGAAAGAUCUGUUUGCUACUUGGAAAGAAAAGAAUUACAAAAUAAGAUAAAGAAAAAGUUUCAGGCAGAGCCUGUAUAUGUAAAUGUCUAAGCAAUUGAACUUAGUUCUGGAUCUGUGAUGAUUUUGUGUAUGUGUAUGGUGUUUCUGUACGUUCAGAUGGUGUAAAUAUGCCUUAUACUGUUGUGUUGCGGCAUCGACAUUCAUCUAUUACUGCUAGUCAUGAUUAUUUCUGUGAAAUGAGUCUUUUACAUCAGGCUGUGAAAAUUAGUUUAAUGAUGCUCUGAAAGAUUUUAUUAUUGUGUUAAUCAAAAUAAUUGAGGGAAAUGGUAAAAAGCUUUAUGUAUUUAUUAAAAAAAGGAAAAUGCA